GGGGCGAACAUACGGAGGUUAGCGCGAGCCGCGUGCACUUACAUUGCUAGCAUGCUGUGGUUUUCUGUAACAUUCUGUCAAGUUGUUGCUGAAGAUAACAUAACGCAUUGAGAAUGGGUCUCGAGCGACAUUGUAGGAAAGUACGAUGCGUACUUUGUAAAGGGUCCGAGGAAAAUCUGACAACUGGACGGCUAUCGAUGAAAGGUUCCGUCACCGCUCAUCAGAACUGCUUGGUAAGAUUCGAAAAACUCUGUUGCCGUUACGUGUCAUUUUACUUUGGGCGAAGAAUUUGGUACUGGUAGCAGUGUUGGCAACACAUUUUCAGGGGAAGUUGCUAGAGGCAGGUCGAUUUGUUGCUAAAAGUUGCUAAAUGACUUCAUUACGUAAUAAUGUACAACUGCGUAAAUACACAAUAACGGUACUCAAAUUGACUGGCCAUCUCGGCGUCAAAUAUGAUUUGACAUUUGUUAGUUUAGAUUUGUUUGUUUAUUAUCCCAUAUUUUUAUUUGUAAAAGUAAUAUAAACACAACACAUUUUAUAUGAUCAGAUGUUUUUUUUUUAACACAACACAUUGAAUUAUUGAACAAUUACACAUUAUUGAACAAUUACAUUUUAUUUAUUUUCUUAUUAACUAGUAAACCUACAUAUUCUGAACAAUUAUAGUUUUAAGCAGUUUAUUAGUAGUUAGUUAACAUGCUACCUAACUGAUCAACAAUUAUAGGUACAAGCUAAUAACAAGGUAUAUAUGCUAUCUUAUUGAACAAGCAACUUAACUCAAAUAAUAAUGUGUGCGCUAGGCAUCUCUCUCCAGGUUGUUGUGCUGCUUGGCUGGCCUGCGGCUGCCUGUGCACAAUGCACUUUUGCAGCCAGACUGAGUGUGUGACAGAGACAAUUGUUUUUGUGUCAUUUAGAGGGAAAAUGCGUGCAUUUUAGCGUUUGAGUCACUUUUCAAAAGUUGCUAAAAGCUCCAAAUACAUUUUUUAAAUUAGCUAAAUUUGUUGCUAGGUGCUGUUUGAAAAAAAAGUUGCCAGGGUAGUCUGAAAAGUUGCUAAAUCUAGCAACAAAAUUGCUAAGUUGGCAUCACUGCUGGUAGGCUAGCCAUGAUAAUUUUUUGGAAGGAACUAAAACGAGUCAAUGAAGUUAGCAGAUUAGUAGACAACAACAUGUGGUAAACAGCUGUCAAUUGACACAGUUGACAGUGGGGCUCUGCCCAUACCUAGUGUAAUGAUUUGUCUAUUGCAGCCAGGGGUUCUCAAAGUGGGGUUCUUGGACCCGAGGUACUGCAACAUUUUCUCUACGAUGGCAAGAGAUGGGCCUUUAAAAUGUUCCUUCCCGAGACUUGGUUCGUCCGGCCAUGCACUGCCAAAGUCAUAGUCGAACUUCUUGUAUGCUAUUUAUAUCUCACUCGAGUUGUGUUCUGAUUAUGAGUGGGUCCCUGAAGAAUUUGAUAUCACAAAAGGGGUCCCUGGACACAAAAAGUUUGAGAACCCCUGGUCUCUUGACUCAAAGCGAGUGAACACUACAGAAGGACACCUUACCAUAUAAAAUAGGCUGCAUGGCUUUGUCAUUUCCUUUCCCAUUUAAAUCCUGAAUGCGGUCCGACCUAGGCAGGACCAGUUCGUUUGGGGACACUGAUUUUCCCUUUAUGAGAAUUUAAUUGACAUGCCUUAUGAGCUUAGUACAACUAUCUUACCCCAUCAGAACCCCAAAAUAACAUAGUAUUCCAUUGUUUAUAAACAAUGUAAUUGUAAAGAAACACUGUAUAGCUUUAAAACAUGGUUAAAACUAUAAUUUGGAUCCCAUGAAUGGCCAGUCCAUGCAUCCAUAGCUCCAUCUAUGAAUUUGAUUGGUUACAUAAUAUUUAUCAAAAAAACUGUUGGGGCUGCCAUUUGGUGUUUGAAUCCCAGAUUGCCACUUUAACUCUUCCAUGUGUUGUUUGAAUUGCAGCUUUAUUCAUCUGGGAUUAUUUGCCAGAACUCGCCAGAGUUUGAUGACUUGUUUGGUUUCUCUGUAAAAGAUGUCCAGAAGGAGAUGAGGAGGGGAAACAGACUGGUGAGGUUAUUUUAAUGUUUCUCUUGGUUUAAAUGUUGUUUGAACAAAUUAUGUCAAACACAAUCAUGGUUUGAACAUUGUUUGAAAUAAUUAAGUCAAAUAUGUUUUAGUAAUGUUUUAUGUUUCAUUAAUGUCUGAUGGUUUAGUUGGCGUAAUGUCACUGUACAAGCAAACUGUAUGAUUUCUCCACCCCAGAGUUGCUACAGGUGUAAGAGGAAGGGUGCCACGGUGGGGUGUGAGGUGGAAAGCUGUCAGAAGUCCUACCAUUACCCCUGUGCUGUGCAAGACGGGGCCCACAACGUUGAAGACAAUAUUGAAGAGAAGUAUACGUGAGUGCAAGGCAUAAAACCUUUUCUUUCUAAACAACUGUGAAAUAUAUUUUUGAACUUCAUUGUGAAGGACAAUUAGGUUUCAACUGACCAAUUUAAUAGAUAAAGGUCAUGACCAUGUUAUUGAAUGGGUGUCUAUGACCGUGUUUCUGUGUUUGUUACAGGGUGUACUGUCAGAAGCAUAAUCCAGAGUUAACAGGUGAGGUGGCUGCUGGUUAGUUUUAUGUGUCUGAUUCAUGUCUGUAGCCUAGGGUUGAGUUGUAUCCAGAUUUCCAUACCUUCAUACCGUUCCUGUACCAUACUGGGGUAUAUGGUAUUUCCAGCAGUGCCCACAAGGGGCACUAUAAAAAAGAAAAGAAACUUGAGAUAUAUAUAUAUACAGUGGGGGAAAAAAGUAUUUAGUCAGCCACCAAUUGUGCAAGUUCUCCCACUUAAAAAUAUGAGAGAGGCCUGUAAUUUUCAUCAUAGGUACACGUCAACUAUGACAGACAAAAUGAGAAAAAAAAUCCAGAAAAUCACAUUGUAGGAUUUUUUAUGAAUUUAUUUGCAAAUUAUGGUGGAAAAUAAGUGUUUGGUCAAUAACAAAAGUUUCUCAAUACUUUGUUAUAUACCCUUUGUUGGCAAUGACACAGGUCAAACGUUUUCUGUAAGUCUUCACAAGGUUUUCACACACUGUUGCUGGUAUUUUGGCCCAUUCCUCCAUGCAGAUCUCCUCUAGAGCAGUGAUGUUUUGGGGCUGUUGCUGGGCAACACAGACUUUCAACUCCCUCCAAAGAUUUUCUAUGGGGUUGAGAUCUGGAGACUGGCUAGGCCACUCCAGGACCUUGAAAUGCUUCUUACGAAGCCACUCCUUCGUUGCCCGGGCGGUGUGUUUGGGAUCAUUGUCAUGCUGAAAGACCCAGCCACGUUUCAUCUUCAAUGCCCUUGCUGAUGGAAGGAGGUUUUCACUCAAAAUCUCACGAUACAUGGCCCCAUUCAUUCUUUCCUUUACACGGAUCAGUCGUCCUGGUCCCUUUGCAGAAAAACAGCCCCAAAGCAUGAUGUUUCCACCCCCAUGCUUCACAGUAGGUAUGGUGUUAUUUGGAUGCAACUCAGCAUUCUUUGUCCUCCAAACACGACGAGUUGAGUUUUUACCAAAAAGUUAUAUUUUGGUUUCAUCUGACCAUAUGACAUUCUCCCAAUCCUCUUCUGGAUCAUCCAAAUGCACUCUAGCAAACUUCAGACAGGCCUAGACAUGUACUGGCUUAAGCAGGGGGACACGUCUGGCACUGCAGGAUUUGAGUCCCUGGCGGCGUAGUGUGUUACUGAUGGUAGGCUUUAUUACUUUGGUCCCAGCUCUCUGCAGGUCAUUCACUAGGUCCCCCCGUGUGGUUCUGGGAUUUUUGCUCACCAUUCUUGUGAUCAUUUUGACCCCACGGGGUGAGAUCUUGCGUGGAGCCCCAGAUCGAGGGAGAUUAUCAGUGGUCUUGUAUGUCUUCCAUUUCCUAAUAAUUGCUCCCACAGUUGAUUUCUUCAAACCAAGCUGCUUACCUAUUGCAGAUUCAGUCUUCCCAGCCUGGUGCAGGUCUACAAUUGUGUUUCUGGUGUCCUUUGACAGCUCUUUGGUCUUGGCCAUAGUGGAGUUUGGAGUGUGACUGUUUGAGGUUGUGGACAGGUGUCUUUUAUACUGAUAACAAGUUCAAACAGGUGCCAUUAAUACAGGUAACGAGUGGAGGACAGAGGAGCCUCUUAAAGAAGAAGUUACAGGUCUGUGAGAGCCAGAAAUCUUGCUUGUUUGUAGGUGACCAAAUACUUAUUUUCCACCAUCAUUUGCAAAUAAAUUCAUAAAAAAUCCUACAAUGUGAUUUUCUGGAUAUUUUUUUCUCAAUUUGUCUGUCAUAGUUGACGUGUACCUAUGAUGAAAAUUACAGGCCUCAUCUUUUUAAGUGGGAGAACUUGCACAAUUGGUGGCUGACUAAAUACUUUUUUCCCCCCACUGUAUAUAUAUAUAUAUAUAUAUAUAUAUAUAUAUAUAUAUAUAUAUAUAUAUAUAUAUAUAUAUAUAUAUCAAGUAUAAGUUAAAAGUGUGGACACACCUACUCAUUCAAGGGUUUUUCUUUAUUUUUACUAUUUUCUAAAUUGUAGAAUAAUAGUGAAGACAUCAAAACUAUUAAAUAACACACAUGGAAUCAUAUAUAUAUAUUUAAACUCAGUUUUUCACAAUUCCUGACAUUUAAUCCUAGUACAUAUUCCCUGUCUUAGGUCAGUUAGGAUCACCACUUUAUUUUAAGAAUGUGAAAUGUUAGAAUAAUAGUAGAGAGAAUGAUUUAUUUUAGCUUUUGUUUCUUUCAUCACAUUCCCAGUGGGUCAGAAGUUUACAUACACUCAAUUAGUAUUUGGUAGCAUUGCCUUUAAAUUGUUUAACUUGGGUCAAACGUUUCGGGUAGCCUUCCACAAGCUUCCCACAAUAAGUUGGGUGAAUUUUGGCCCAUUCCUCCUGACAGAGCUGGUGUAACUGAGUCAGGUUUGCAGGCCUCCUUGCUCGCACACGCUUUUUCAGUUCUGCCCACACAUUUUCUAUAGGAUUGAGGUCAGGGCUUUGUGAUGGCCACUCCAAUACCUUGACUUUGUUGUCCUUAAGCCAUUUUGCCACAACUUUGGAAGUCCAUUUGGAAGACCCAUUUGCGACCAAGCUUUAACUUCCUGACUGAUGGCUUGAGAUGUUGCUUCAAUAUAUCCACAUAAUUUUCCUUCCUCGGGAUGCCAUCUAUUUUGUGAAGUGUACCAGUCCCUCCUGCAGCAAAGCACCCCCACAGCAUGAUGCUGCAACCCCUGUGCUUCACGGUUGGAAUGGUGUUCUUCGGCUUGCUAGCCAACCCCUUUUUCCUCCAAACAUAACGAUGGUCAUUAUGGCCAAACAGUUCUAUUUUUGUUUCAUCAGACCAGAGGACAUUUCUCCAAAAAGUACGAUCUUUGUCCCCAUGUGCAGUUGCAUACUGUAGUCUGGCUUUUAUAUGGUGGUUUUGGAGCAGUGGCUUCUUCCUUGCUGAGCGGCCUUUCAGGUUAUGUCGAUAUAGGACUCGUUUUACUGUGGAUAUAGAUUGGGAUUGAUUUGCACUUUUCGCACUUUAAGUAUGUUCAUCUCUAGGAGACAGAACGCGUCUCCUUCCUGAGCGGUAUGACGGCUGCGUGGUCCCAUGGUGUUUAUACUUGCGUACUAUUGUUUGUACAGAUGAACGUGGUACCUUCAGGCAUUUGGAAAUUGCUCCCAAGGAUGAACCAGACUUGUGGAGGUCUACAAUAUUUUUUCUGAGGUCUUGGCUGAUUUCUUUUGAUUUUCCCAUGAUGUCAAGCAAAGAGGCACUGUGUUUGAAGGUAGGCCUUGAAAUGCAUCCACAGGUACACCUCCAAUUGACUCAAAUGAUGUCAAUUAGCCUAUCAGAAGCUUCUAAAGCCAUGACAUAAUUUUCUGGAAUUUUCCAAGCUGUUUAAAGGCACAGUCAACUUAGUGUUUGUAAACUUCUGACCCACUGGAAUUGUGAUACAGUGAAUUAUAAGUGAAAUAAUCUAUCUGUAAACAAUUGUUGGAAAAAUUACUUGUGUCAUGCACAAAGUAGAUGUCCUAACUGACUUGCCAAAACUAUAGUUUGUUAACAAGAAAUGUGUGGAGUGGUUGAAAAACAAGUUUUAAUGACUCCAACCUAAGUGUAUGUAAACUUCCGAUUUCAACUGUAGUAACCAAAAAAGUGUUAAACAAAUCAAAAUAUAUGUCAUAUUUGAGAUUCUUCAAAGUAGCCACCCUUUGCCUUGAUGACAGCUUUGCACACUCUUGGCAUUCUCUCAACCAGCUUCAUCUGGAAUGCUUUUCCAACAGUCUUGAAGGAGUUCCCACAUAUGCUGAGCACUUGUUGGCUGCUUUUCCUUCACUCUGCGGUCCAACUCAUCCCAAACCAUCUCAAUUGGUUUGAGGUCGGGUCAUUGUGGAGGCCAGGUCAUCUGAUGCAGCACUCCAUCACUCUCCUUCUUAGUCAAAUAGCCCUUACACAGCCUGUUGAAAAUUGUCCUGUUGAAAAACAAAUGAUAGUCCCACUAAGCGCAAACCAGAUUGGAGGGUGUAUCGCUGCAGAAUGCUGUGGUAGCCAUGCUGGUUAAGUGUGUCUGUCAUUUAUUUAGAAUUCAAGGCAGUGUCACCAGCAAAGCACCCCCACACCAUCACACCUCCUCCUCCAUGCUUCACGGUGGGAACCACACAUGCGUAGAUCAUCCGUUUACUUACUCUGCGUCUCACAAAGACACAGCGGUUGGAACCACAAAUCUGAAAUUUGGACUCAUCAGACCAAAGGACAGAUUUCUACCGGUCUAAUGUCCAUUGUUCCUGUUUCUUGGCCCAAGCAAGUCUUUCACACAGAGGGAGUCCAUAUAACUUAUGUGAUUUGUUAAGCCAAAUUCUACUUCUUAACUAAUUUAAGCUUCUGAACUGGUCCUCUGUAGCUCAAUUGGUAGAGCAUGGCGCUUGUAACGCCAGGGUAGUGGGUUCGAUCACCGGGACCACCCAUACGUAAAAAUGUAUGCACACAUGACUGUAAGUCGCUUUGGAUAAAAGCGUCUGCUAAAUGGCAUAUUAUUAUUAUACUUCUGCAACAACUAUAUUUUAGUUCUUUAUUUUUUAUGAAUUUGUAAAAUCUAUAGAAUUUUCUUUUCACUUUGACAUAAUGAAGUAUUUUGUGUAGAUCAAUGACAAAAAUACAAUUAAAUCUAUUUCGAUUCCACUUUGUAACGCAACAAAAUGUGAAAAAAGUUCAAGGGGGUUUAAACUUUCUAUAGGCACUGUAUUUGGCACAUCUUAGGUUUGCUCCAUGUGGUCUUUGUAAACAAACAUACCAUGUGACUGGCUCAAUAUAAUUGUUGUGGGUUGAAAAACAUGACAAAAAAACACAUUGGGAAGGUAUUGAAAAUCAUACCGUCCGUAUUUCAAAAUAACCCAGUAUACCGCCCAAGCCUGUAGAAGGAAUCAAUUAAUUGACCAUCCAAAUACCCAUCUGGAUGUGUUUAGUUUAUUAAAUACCUAUUAGUCCAUCAGGGCAAAUUUUCCUGGCUUUGUACACAAACACGCAGCCUCUGCCAGUCCAGCUGGCACUUUCAACAAAAAGCUAUAAGUUAAUGAGGUGUUACUUUGACUUGUUCUUGAGGGUUGUUUCUGUCUCAACACAGCAACCAAUGGCACAGCUUUGUCCUGCAACGGUGAUUCAGACACAGAGAAGAACAACAAUGGAGAAACGUUAUCCAAGGUCUGUAUGCCACUGACUACUGUGUAAUGUAAGAAUUUAAUAACACACACACAGGUCAUUUAUGGAAUGGAUAGUUAAUAGCUAGGCCUAUAUAUGAUUGAUUAGCUGGUCACUAUUCCAGUCUUCUGGUCAUCAUUGAACAACAUCAUCUAGCUGAAGGCUCAGAAAUGAAUACAAAUAACGGUUCUCCCUCCAAAUAAUGGUCCUGUAGUGUAAUACUAUAACCAAAAAUAAUAUAACCUAAAGUUAAUCAAUAUUCAUUCCGAAUUCCAGCUGUUUUGUCUCAUCUGUGAAAAGAAAGAGGAGCACGUCAGUCUGGAACACAUCGACAGUGGCAUUGUCAAGUGAGUAUGAGGAGGAGUCUUACAUUCCAAAACAAAAUGCUCAUUCAUUACUAUCAUUGAUGUCAGUAAGGGGGAUUUAUUAUGUUGUUGUAAGAGCCUGGAAUGUCUCUGUCACUUAGGUUGUAUUGUGAAAAGCAUAAACCACAGUUUUUGCAGAAAGAGCUGAAUAGUAAGUAAUUUUGCUCCAAUGACUCACACCAACAUAGACUUGACUCUUCCUUUGGUUGUGUGUUACACUAAGGUAUUCUCUGUAGUUUAAAUAUCAGAUACAUCAUUUAGAAAUGUAUGUUUCAUAUAUGUUUGAAUUUAGAAGGACAUUCAGGUGCAGUGUCAGGACCCUCAUCUUGCAAGAGUGACUCCAACACAUCUGGAAACCGACGGCAGAAACAAACACCCAAGGUGUGUAUUUAGCUUUUUAAAAUGAAUGUUCUGUAGUAAAGAACUUCACUUAAUAUGUUAUUGUAAUCAUAUGAAAAAAUAGUGAAUCAUAAUCUCUUUGCUUUUGCUGUUGAAACAGAGAUGUUUGAGCUUCUCUAGCAAGUAAGUAUGGAAUUCAGGUAUGCAUGUCGUAGGGUGGUCUGUCUCUUUGAUUCUGUCCAGCUGACCUGCUCUGUUCUGUUUCACGUUUGGAGUGCAUGCAACUUUAUUUACAUUCUUUGCUGUCAAACAGUUCAGUAAAUGUGUCUCUCACAUUCAUAAAAUAUGGACUGGAUUCUUUGGGUACUAUUUUCUGAACACUGCGCCCAUUCUCACUUUUUCUGUCAGACAGGAAGUGACAUCAUCAAAGUCCAAACACAGGAGGAUACUGGAUUACUCCUCAGACUCAGGUUGCUUUAUUGUUCCAGUAGCCUCCCUUUUCAUUACCUUGAUUGUUGUCAUUGAAAACAUUUUUUUUUACAAAGACAUGAGCGAUACAUUGCAUUGAUUAGUAUGUUGGUAUGUUCUGCAACAGAUGGAGAUGUGAAUAGCAUUGAUAUGGAGUUUUCCCCUCUGGAGUCCAAUCUAGAAGACAGUGUCAACUCUGAACAAAGGUAAUGGUAAUAGUGCUCUCGUCUAGUCUCAAUUCAACUACUUUCAAUGGAGGCAAUGCAUGUUUUAUUCUGACAAGCAUGAAAAAGGACACAUUUCUUUACCUACCAAGGCUCUCUAUUGUCAAGGUUGUUCAAAUAGCAUGUUAUCAUUUCAGUGUUGAGGCGUUUCCUGUGUAGGCCAAAUGUUAUAAAAAGGGAGGGAGAUAGUUGCCUGCCUCUGUAGCGUACAGUGACACAAGAUAAAUAAUAUUGCUCUCUUACUUCACAGAAAUCAUGCUGAAGCCCCCAUAGCUUCCACCACAGGUAAAACAUGUCAGGACGCACAUUAACAAACACACACACACACCACAUUACCAGGAGGUUUAAUAUCAAACCUAAUAAUAUCAAACCAACUGUCAUUUUCCUUAGGAAAUCAGCCAGCACCUGAAAACGGAGAUGGGGACGAUACAUUCAUCGACUUAGUGAGUUACAUGGUUAUAUUUAUGUCCAAUACUUCUCGUGUGGCAUUACUGUAUCUCUAUCUUGGUCCUAAACCAUUGGUUCAACCAUAAGGUGCUACAGAGGUUGGUGAGUACGGCCCAGUACAUCACUGGGGCCGAGCUCCUUGCCAUCCAGGACCUCUAUACCAGGCAGUGUCAGAGGAAGGCCCAAGAAAUUGUCAGACUCCAGCCACCCAGGCCAUAGACUGUUCUCUCUGCUACUGCACAGCAACGGUACCAGUGCACCAAGUCUGGAACCAACAGGACCCUGAACACGUUUUACCCCAAAGCCAUAAGGCUACUAAACAAGACUGCUAAAUAGCUAAUCAGAUGGCUACCUGGACUACCUUCAUUGACCCUUUUUUGCACUAACUCUCUUGCACUGACUCUACUCACACACACUCUACAUACGCCCACACACACAUAACAUAUGCAUACUGACGCCACACACACACUUUCACACUCACCACAUACGCUGCUGCCACUGUUAAUCUAUCCUGUUGCCUAGUCACUUUACCCCUACCUAUAUGUACAUAUCUACCUCAAUUACCUUGUACUCCUACACAGUGACUCGGUACUGGUACUCCCUGUACAUAGCCAUGUUAUUCCUUGUGUCACUGUUUCAAAUAUUAUAAUUCUAUAAAAAUUUUUGGUACUUUGUACCCCUUUUUCUCCCCAAUUUCGUGAUAUCCAAUUGGUAGUUACAGUCUUGUCCCAUCGCUGCAACUCCCGUACGGACUCGGGAGAGGCGAAGGUCGAGAGCCAUGCGUCCUCCGAAACACGACCCUGCCAAGCCGCACUGCUUCUUGACACACUGCUUGCUUAACCCAGAAGCUAGCCGCACCAAUGUGUCGGAGGAAACACCGUACAGCUGGUGACCGAAGUCAGCAUGCAUGCGCCUGGCUGCCACAAGGAGUUGCUAGAGCGCGAUGGGACAAGGAUAUCCCAGCCGGCCAAACCCUCCCCUAACCCGGACGACGCUGGGCCAAUUGUGCGCCGCCUCAUGGGUCUCCCGGUUGUGGCCGGCUGCGACACAGCCCGGGAUCGAACCCGGAUCUGUAGUGACGCCUCUAGUACUGCGAUGCAGUGCCUUAGACCGCUGCGGCACUCUGGAGGCACUGUUUCUAUAUUUUUAAAAAUCUUUAUAUUUAACUCUGCAUUGUUGGAAAAUGACCCGUAAGUAAGCAUUUCACUGUUAGUCAACACCUGUUGUUUACGAAGCAUGUGACAAAUAUAAUUUGAUUUGAUCUCCCUCCAGGAUGCUAAGUCCCAGAGUCUUUUGCUGCCAGUGAUGCUGUGUGUGGCAUCUGAAGAACCCUCUCAGGGCACAGGGAGCUACAGCUCCUCACCUAUCACCUGUACGCUCACUUUUCAUUUUACUCAAUUCUUACAUACAAUCCUUCCCUACUAGCCAGGAAGGAAAAACUAAACCAAAUAGUUGAGUUCUCUAUUGUCUCGCUCCCUCUGUGUUCUCUCUAUCCUCUCAGUGUGCAGUUCUGAGCUGUGUUCUGCGUCUUGUCAAGGUUCUGUUCCACACUCACCUGGUUCACCUGUUAUCUCUGGUGGACACAGCAGCUCUCACAUACCUGGACCUGCUCAUGAUCCCAUCUCGCCUGUCCACUCACCUGAUCGCUCAUCCGUCCACUCUGGUCCACUCAAUUUCACCAGCACAGCUACUGUGUGUUAUGGCCCAGUGUCCUCUCCUCCCUCUCCCUCUCACCACUCUGUCUCCCAGUGUCCCCUGGUAGGGCCUGGAGGCCCGGGUUCACCUGGUGGUUCUGGUUCUGACUCUGGCUCUGCAGCCAGCAGGGUGUUCUGGAGGAGGUGUAACGAAGCAGGCUGUACAGAGUCCAUCUUCAACACCUUCAUCUCUGACAUGGUCGGCAUCUCCAAGAGAAUCCUGUCAGAUCAGGCCAGACAGGAGGGUGAGUGGAACGGCUGGGGGGGUGGGCUGGUAUAUUAAAUUUGAACACUGUUGGGAGCAUAUAUUCAGAAUUGCAGGCUUCAUUUAUUUUCUUUCAUAUGUUUUUGCUUUCUCUGUCUUUCCUUCACAGAUUAUGAUCUCUCUCUGAGAGUGAUGGAGGCCUCUGGAAAAUUAUCACAGAUGCUCUCACAGCAGGAGAGCGGUGAGAAUUAGUGGGUUAAUAACUGGUGUAUUGGAGUUUUUAUAGCAUUGUGCAAAUGGUAAGGCUUCUUAUUUUUAAAGCUUGUGAAGCCUGUAUUCAUGUAUUUGUCUAGGCCAGACCCAUUGUUUGUUGUAUGCUCUGUAAGUUGCUGUACAUGCUCUUCAUGUGCCUUUAAACAACUAAAAUUAUGUAAAUAUAAACCAGAUGUAUUCUCCCUCCUUUGUUCAGAGUUUAAGAAGAAGCAACGGGAGCUACAGAGAUCUACAACAGCCAUAAGGGAAGCCAGGUCAGCCCUAAAAAGAUAAGCAGCACUGCCAGAUAAAUUACAGCCCUCAAAGUUAAAUUCACCUUUCCACAUUCAGUUCAUUGGCAAGGAUUUUAAAGGUGUACUAUGAAGCCAUAUAUUGAUCAUUUGAUUUCUCAAUGGUUUUUGGAGAAAAUGUGUUCCACUUUCUUACCUUAUCAUAAUACCAAAAACAUAACCUAAUCUUAUAUUACCACCGUGUUCAUAUUUAUAUAUAGUAGAAUCAAUUGUGAAGCUGGCUUUUUCACUUGCCAGAAAAUGAACUUUAUAGCUUCAGCAAUGUAAAGCUAUAUAUAUUUCUAUAUAGGUAAUGAAAGUAUUGAUCAUGUAUUAAGUGUAUUUGCAAGUAAAAUUGUUGCAUUGAGUACCUUGUUUUACAUACUGGCCCAUCUCGUUGUAGUCUUUUUAAAGAACAUUUUCUUACCCGAGUUGUGAUGUUUCAUCACUGACUGAUUACUUUUUUCAAAUCCAAUG